CUAUCGAGGGUAUAAAAUCGAAAUUAGAUGGAUUCGAAUUCUUUCAUUUCCCUACAUCCGAAACAUGUAAUACUGUAGCUGGAGCAAUCGAUCUCAAAAACCAAAUUCGAAACCAAUCAGUAGCAUCCCCUUCGGAGCAUAUUUCCCAGACGGACACCAAUGACACUAUUAUUUUAAUGUAUACUUCUGGUACAACGGGUCUUCCAAAAGCGGCUAGAGUUACACAUUCCAGAUACAUCAUGGCCACAACUGGUGUAAAUGUUCUUCCAAACCUCAAUAAAAAUGAUAUAUUCUACAACCCGUUACCGCUAUAUCAUGGCAACGGUGGAAUUGUUGGAGUGGGACAAAGUUUAUGUUUCGGAAUAACAGUGGUAAUACGUAAAAAGUUUUCAGCCUCAAACUUUUGGACUGACUGUAAAAAAUAUAAAUGCACGGUAGGUAAUUACAUAGGAGAAAUAUGCAGAUACCUUCUCCUAACCCACAGAAAUGGUAAGACGGUAGAACAUGGAGUCAAGAAAAUGAUAGGGAACGGUCUGAGAAAAGAAAUAUGGGUUGAUUUCAUGAAUACCUUCAAUAUUCCCGAAAUUUACGAGUUUUAUGGAGCUACAGAAGGAAAUGCAAGUUUGAGUGAGUAUACCUGGAGUCAUCAGAGUCUGAUGGGCAAAGCCGAAACAUUUCUGGAAGAAAUAACACAGGAAGUAGCAGGCAUACCGGUUCACAAUAAUAGUGAUGAAGAAACACCAGUUGAGUUGAAGCCCGAAGACUUUGCUAUUGAUAACUUUGUAUUUGUUACAUAUAAUGGACAGAAAUACCCUGGCAAAAUUGUUGGCUUAUCUGAAGAUGGACCUACAGUUGGAUGCAUGGAAAAACGACUGAAGUUUUGGCGCUGGCCAGAAAAACAAGAAUGCCUGACUUACGACUGGGUGGAUAAUGGAACUAUGUGUGUUAUUUUCAGGUGGAAAGGUGAAAACGUUGCCACCACUGAAGUGGAAACUGUAGCAAGCGAAAUCAUUGGAGCCAAAGAUGUGGUUGUCUAUGGGGUUGAGGUUCCGGGCUCAGAGGGAAAAGCCGGGAUGAUUGCGAUAGCCGAUCCAGAGGGAAAUCUCGACGUAGAAGCUUUGGCAAAAGGUCUCAAGUCUCACCUACCCGCAUAUGCCGUCCCGAUGUUUUUGAGAAUUCUCGACUCUCUACCAGUUACGGGGACAUUCAAGGUGAAGAAAAUGGAAUUACAAAAGGAUGGAUUCGAUUUAGAGACAAUCAGGGAUGCUUUAUAUUUUUUAGAUGCCAAGAAAGGGGUGUAUAUUCCUCUAGAACAUGUUUAUGAGAAUAUUAUUAGUCAGAAGUUGAAAUUAUGAUAGUAAUAAGUUUUUUUUACCAAUGUGCUGUUAAAAAUAAACCAUGAAGAAUAACGA